UAUUCACUUUCUUUCGAUUUACAAAUCCCUAAUGAGGUGGAGAAAUGGUCAAGUAUAAAAUAGACGCCCUAAUUACUUCAAACAUCACUUAUUCUUGAAGCUUUGUGCAGUGCGUGUGUUAACAGUUGUUUGAUAUCGAUCGUUGUCGGUGAUCGUGGACGUGCAAGAUGGCGACGUACAAUGUUGCGCAAGCGCAGGCGGAGCUGCGCGCCACCCUUCCCCUGCCCGCGCCCGCACCGCGGCCCGGAUACACCGACACCAGCCCGGGCAACGGACACUGGACUCCUAUGCCUUCACAAUGGAAACCAAUGCGUCCGCCCGGCGCCGCCGUCUCCACGAGCUCGGCUCCAGUGAACAUGAACGGACACCACUGGAACGGACAUUCCAUGAAGUACCCGGCUCGACCACCGCCCGCCUGGAACAACGGACACACCACGAACGGCGGCUCCAAGAAGCCCAAGCGACUGCGCACCGCCUUCACCAGCCACCAGAUGAUGGAGCUGGAGCAGGAGUUCAGCAGAACCCGGUACCUCGAUCGACCGAGGAGACUGGAGCUCGCCGUGCAACUCAAUCUCAACGAACGCACCAUCAAGAUCUGGUUCCAGAACCGACGGAUGAAAGAAAAGAAGGACCGCGCAGAAAACGCGGACUCUGACGAUGUGCAGUCCAUGGAGUCAUCGCCAGAAGUAGGCAGCACCUCGGAGACUAUCACCAUCGCGUCUGACGACGACUACUACCACCUGCCGGCGUCAGUCGCCGCUGCCAACAUGAACGCAGCCGGCUUCACCGACCAAUGGCCGGCUGCGGCUCCUUCUACUACUGCGCCGCCAUUAGUCAGCUACGAAUACUACAACGGCCCAAGUAUGCAGGAUGGUAUUCCAGGGUAUGGCUACCCAGUGUUCGUGCCAGAGAUGCCACCUCAGUACGCAGGUCACAGUCACCAGCAGUGGGCGCCUCCAGUGAUGCAAGACGGCCCGAUAGAUCCCCAAACUCUGGGUAGAAGUGAUGAGGAAAAUGGGAACUCUUCAUACGUGCCCAUGAAUGAACAUGAAGACCUGGAGAUUGCUCCCGACUGUGUGCCCUCAGUGGGAUCAAUACCUACCAGUGUCACCACAGAUGGAGUUGUAUCUAGUAACGAUGACAGUAUUAAUGAUAAUGCUUAUGUUAAUGUCAAUGAUAAGAACAGGAAACCGGCGAACUGUGAUGUGUCUUGGAUUAGGUCUAUUUAUACAGAAAACGAUUACGAAUAAGUUGU